AUGACACAGAUCAAACUCAUGUGUUCAGCGAAUUUUUCUUUAAAAAAUACCCACGUUUCUUUAAUUCUUGAUAUUUUAUUUAAACAUUACAAUUAUUUUUCAGUUGAGAAGCGAAGAAGAUCUUUUAUUAACGACAGAAUUGCUGAACUUCAAAGCCUUCUCCCAGAAGAUGUCAAUCGAGCAACAUGCACAAACAAAGGUUCUAUUUUAAAAGAAUCUGUCGACUACAUUAGAAAGCUACAAACAGACCUUAAUCUGACAAAGAAAUUACAAGAAAAAAUCAUCGAAAUUGAUCUCGAGAGCAAGCAACUUGCUGCACGUUUGGAGAUGCUAGAGAUGCGGUCUGCACCAAAUGCUGAAAAGGCUAAUAUUGAAAACAAUAACUCAACCGAGAUGCAACCAAUGGGAGAGACGAGUGAAUUGAGAUAUGAUACGGUAUUGAAUGAUCCUUUACAGAAGAAGGUGAUUCCACCUUUGUCACAAACGAUGGCAUUGGAUGAUGUUUGGGAUACACUUGCUUCAGCGUUUCAAGAUGACUGUAUGAAGUCAUAAUUAAUUCCAGUAAUUCAAAAAUAACAAUGAAAUAAAAUAGCUAUGUUUUUACAUACCUGACUACAAUGUUGAAAUAAAAUGGAUGAAAAAA